ACGAGGUGCGGACGGCCUUCCAGCUGCGGCAGAUCGGGCCCCUCAAGCUCGUCCCCGACGUGCCCACCGCCGAUUCAGAUCUACAGAUCUGUCAACACAGAGCACCAACAUGCUGCACCAAAAAGAUGGAAGAAAGCUACCAGGCGGCCGUCCGGAGGGAGAGGACGCAGAAUAUCCAGGCUCUGAACUUUGAGCUGAAAUACAUGAUAGUUGGUCAUAUCACAGCCUUUCAAGAGGCCUUUGAGUCUUUGCUUCGCUUGGCAGAGAACCGCACGAGUUCCCUGUUUGAGGCCGCCUACAGACCCAUGGCCAAGGAGGCCGCGGAGCCGGUCAGGGAGCUCUUCACAGACCUCUCCCUCUACAUCCUGGGCGCAGAGACUACCGUGGAAAGUGCAGUCCUGCGCUUCUUCGACAGCCUCUUCCCUUUGGUGUACAGCCGCCUAAUAAACCCCGGAAUCACAGAUUUAUCGGAGGACUACACGGAGUGUCUGCGGCUUACGAGGCAGGACAUAAACCCCUUCGGCCGCUAUCCCAAGAACCUGGUUACGGAGCUGUCCAAGUCCCUCUGGGCCAGCAGGAUGCUGAGCCAGGCCCUCAGCCUGGGCAUCGAGGUGAUAAACACAACGGAGCACGCGGCGCUCACCAAGGAGUGCAGCCGGGCGCUGGUGCGGAUGCAGUACUGCCCGCACUGCCAGGGCCUCACGCUCAUCAGGCCCUGCGUGGGCUACUGCCUCAACGUGAUGCGGGGCUGCCUGGCCGGCGUGUCGGAGCUGGACGCGCCGUGGAGGGAGUACAUCUCCACGCUGGAGUUCCUGGCCGGCGAGAUGGCCGCCUCGCACGACCCGGAGGCG